UACUAUAUGAGCGAUAGAAAGAAGAGACACCCUUCAAGUGCACACAAAACUUGUGAAACUAGUAGACAUAAGAAACCGAAAGAAGGCCUUUAUGGCCACCCGUACCUACGUAGGUAGCCUUGGUAGAAACCAUCAAUCUUCGACACGACUCACCUUCCGGUCUCUUCUAAACGGUAAUAAAUCGAUUUACAGGUCCGACAUGCCAGGCACGAAGCGAUCACAUGACGGAAUGGAGAUUGAAACCAAGCCCCCUACCGCUGCGGCCGACGCAUCGCCGUAUAUUCCUGUAUUUGAGACUUUCCGUUCCGAACUUGACGAGCAUCAUAACCGGAGAGAACGGAUCAUCAAGGCCUCUCGCGACGUAACCGCUCAGAGCAAGAAAAUCAUCUUUGCUCUCCAGAGGGUUCGCGAGCUCGAACGACCCAUACACGCAUCUAUAGCCAAGCAGAUUUCGCCCAUGUACAAUACUAUCCGCGGACUAUUGGAGGGCAUCGUGCCCGAUUUGCAAAGCAUCAAAGCGUACCGGUACCAAGGCAACAUCUCCGGUGGCAUCCAGGAGUACAUGGAAGCCGUUCUGUUUCAGCACUACCUCGAGACAAGGCGGUUAAUGACCUACGAGGAUGCGGCGAGGCAGGUUCCCCAGGGCAUUAUGCUCACGUACGAGGACUAUGCGCUGGGUUUGUUCGAUAUGACUGGCGAACUGAUGCGGUUUGCGAUCACGUAUAUGGCUACAAACGGGCAGAUGCCAGGCGGAGAGAAGUCGGUGUUGGCGGAUUUGCAAAUGCUUCGGGGAGAGCUGGAGGCAUUAGAUGCGUCGGGAAGUUAUUCGCUGAAUAGGGAUUUCGCGCAGAAAAUGAAGACGACGAGGAGCUCGGUGGAGAAGGUCGAGAACGGAGUGUAUAGUAUGAUUGUGCGUGGGAAGGAGAGGCCGAAGGGGUGGAGGCCUGAUACGUCGUUGGCAGAUGGUCGGGAGGAGCGAGAACCUCCUGUUUGCUCUCUCCACUACUCCAGAUCAUCACAUCAUGUCUUGAAAACUUAAGAGUACUUUUGUCUACUCUUUGACUGGGUCCUCGUCUGCUUCCAGGAUUCCCUCUUUGACCAACUGCUCCGGCUUAGGUCUCUGUUGGAUUUUCUGCUCGAGACUGUC